CCCUCUCUAUCAACCCAAUCAAUUCUCCUCAUUCCUCCUUCUUCAUCACUGUUGCCCAAUUUCUAGGGUUUUCUAAAACCCAAAUUCUGCUCAUCAAAUUGACAGAAAUCCUUCUCCAUCAACUCGAAAUGACUCUAAUACUCAUGGGUUCGUCAAGAAUUGAUUAGAAUGGAGCAUAUUGCUUGUUGCAAGCUAUGGUGAAGUACACAGUUUGAGCAAAGAAGAAGACAGCUUGGUUCUACUCUAUAUUUGGAGGAAACAGCUCUGAGAAGCAGCCAUGGUGAGGAAAAAAAUUGCCGGAGUUGGCCACUUCCAAGUGGUUGACCGUAGCAUUGAUGGAGAGACAGAAUUGAGAAAGUGGGAUAUGACUUAUGCGCUAUGUCUUCUCUCUGAAACCGGUCCAGUUCCAGAACCUAGACCAGAAGUUGCAGGAGUUGAAGUUCCCCCCACCUUUCAUAGGGUUGUCAGAGGCAGCAUUGGGAAUAAGAGAGUGGAAAGAGUUAUUGUUAUGCCUCUUCCAGAAGGAUCAAAACUUCAGAUGAUGGGAGACUAUGUUCAAGCCACAAUGGACGCCUUUGACGAUCCAAUGGAGUUGCCAUCUGAGCACCAAAGCUGCAGCCGUCAUGUACCCCCACCACAAGCCAAGGAAAGUGCCAAAACCAAGCCGGGAGUGCCACCAUUGAAGCGAACACGUUCCAGCAACAAUGCACCUCAACCGGAAAGAAAACAGAAGGCUAAAGACUACAACAAGAAGUCACCAUCAAAGAGGCAAGCUCCCUCACAACCUACAGCCCAACCGAGAAGCAAAAAGGUCAAAACUACUACAAAAUUAAAAUCGGCAGCAACAAAAAGUGGAGUAGAUGUCUCAGCAACCUUCGCUAAACCUCUCAUUCCUCCUGAACAUAUGGAGAAAUACAAGAUUAUUCUUGCUCGGCCGGUAAUUCCCUCUCAAUUUAUGGAUAUGGAUGUGCUGAAAAUCACUAGAAUAGAGGAGAAUGUGCUGAAUUACUUCAAGAAUAUGGGAUGGCCUAGAUUCCAAGAAAUGAGAUUUCCUACUUAUGAGAAAUUGACAAGGGCGUUUCUAGCUACAUUUGUCUUUCAUAAAGAUGGAAUCAACAGCAGGUUUCAGUUUUCUUUGGGAGGCAAACAAUUUGAGUUGUCCUUGAUCGAAGUACACAAGGCUUUGCUAUUUGAUGGGGCAGCAACAACAGAACCUGAGCUUCCUUAUGAUGAAAAGGCUUUUUGGAGAAAAAUUUCAGAUGAUGAUAAAGAGUUCUACUCACAGAAGACAAGAAGAAAAACCAUUCGAGAUCCUGCUUUGGUGCUGGUACAUGAAUACCUGUGUCGGACAGCUUUGGGUCGUGGUUCUGACAACCCCGGUGUACACAAUACCGACCUCCGCUUCCUCUACAGUUGUGUCACGAAGAAGCCACUCAAGUUGGGCUAUUGGUUGGGAGUUGUCCUUGGAGAGCAAGCUUCAAAAGGAUCAAAGGGCAACAUUAGAUUUGGAGGAAUCAUUACUGCUAUAGCCCAAACUUAUUGCGGAUUUCCAAAGAAUCCGAAUGGCAUAGACAAAUGUGAGGGCACCCUAGUAAUCGAAGAAAGAACUCUAUCCAAUAUGAACUACAUAAGAAGAAUCAUAUCAAGAGGAAGGUAUGUAUCGAUACCUGAGUUCAACAAAAUCAAGGAAGAGAAAGCAAAAGCCAACACGGAGAAAACCACGACUAAGGAGGCAACAGAAGAAGAUGAUUUAAUUUGGCUGCUGCCCGUACAAUAGAAAUCCUAGCAGCCGCUGCCAGCACCUCAGGAGCAUCUUCAAGGACUCCCCAAGCUGAUCCAAAUCGCUCCACAAGCACCCCAACACAAGGCACUCACCCGGGGGACAUCAUUGCUCACCUACAACAACAACUGGAGCAACAAGAUCAUAACUACCAGCAGCAGCAACAACAAAUCAACAUCCAACAUCAAUUUAUUCAGAAAAUGGCCGAGCAUCUCAAGAAGAGUGGAAUUGAUUGCCCAAGCGACCUUCCACCACCUCCCACCUCAUCCGCCUAGCAUUUGUCCCGAGGUUUUUCAUCUUUCCCUUUGUUUACUUUUUCAUUUUUGUGUUAACAUGUUUAGAGUCUAGGUACAGAACAUUAGGGACAAUGUUCCAUCCUAAGUGUGGGGUGGAGAGUUUUAGUUUUGUUUAGAGUAUGUAUUGUACAUAAUAUUUGGUGAAUGUGAGUCGUUCCCACUGUGUUUGAUGUGUUGUGUCUUGAACUUGAUAGGGUAGAAUGUCGUUGCUUGGAAUGAUUGUGUGAAUGGUUUGUGAACUUAUUAUGCUUCGGUGUAUGAAUCUGCCUCUCGGUUAUCCCAAGUUAACCUUGAAAUGCAUAACUUGUGUUUGCAUGUAGGAUUGCCUGUUUCACAUGGUGUACCGUCAUAUUAAAAUUCACUCACUAGAAUUGAAUUGUGCCCGAACUUAGGUAAAAUUGAGUAUAAUUUGUAUAGAGUAGGGUAUGGCAUCUGGUAGCCGUGAGUUUGAACCUUCAAUGUCAAUUUCCUAUUGUGUGAAGUUUUUCAUUACUUUGUGUUUCGGUAAUCUUGAUCAAAACCACGAAUGGAUUGUGUUGUAUGUAUGCAAGCAUAAACGAUAGAGACAAUUAGUACAACUCGAGCCAAAAAGCCUACCCUAUCAUUGACAACUAGGAUCAACCUCUUUGAGACUUGGCCUUGUUUUUUCGGUUCGAUCACACCUCUCACCUUUACCCUUUUCUUGUAUUCCCCCGUUGAACCCUUCUCGCGAGGAAUGAGGUCCUUUGUGUGAAUAUAGUGACCCAUUUUCAUUUUCAUUGUCUUGUAAAUAAAGUUGAUGUUCUAAGGUAGGAGUUGAAGCUAUAGAUGAGAGAUGCAUUUUGACACUGCAUAGGCAUUCUGCCACUGCACCUUCUUUUGCAUAAUUUUGUCUUCUACUACUUAGAAAAGAGGUAUUGACCAUCAAGUCUUUUAGUCUCAUCCCCAUUAAAAAAAAAAGUAAAAAGAAGAAGAAAAAAUCAAAUAAAAAAAUUGAAAAAAAGAGUAAAAGAGAAAGAGAAAAGGGGCAAAUAAAUAAGGAUCGAUGUAUCAUCUUUGGGAAUCAAUGUUCUUCCCUUAUUAUAUAGUCUUAGUUUUGCUUAUGUUAUGCAUUUUUUGCUUUGGGUCCACCUUUGUAACUCAUUCCUCUUAAGCAUCACCAUUUCCCUCCUAUGAAACCUCACCUUAACCCUUAGCCUUACACAUAUUACCCAAACGUAGUCAUCUUGAUAUGCUUGUGUUUGUACUGAUCGGUCCAACUGUGGUUGAAGAACAAGGUUCAGGUAAGCACUAGUAAGGAAAAAACUUGAGUGUAAACACCAACCCUUAAACACUUGUGUGAUUGAGCGAAAUACACAUUCCUAGUGAGGAAAUCUAGAUGCCAUGCUUUUACUCUUAACUUACCUUACUCUUUGUUUGAAUGAGUUUUGGCACAAUCCACUAUUAGUGUGUUUAUUCUAGGUGUAGGGUAUAUCAUGUGAUGGAGUGUAAUCUAACUUGCAAGCCUAGGUGUGCAUGGAAAGGUUGAAUUUGACGAUAGUGUAUAUACAUAGAUAUCUACACCAAAGCAUAGUAGGUCCACAGCUAGUCACACCGUCACUCAAGCAACAAUGGUGUUAGUCGAGUCUUAGGAGUAGUGUGUCUUUUAUUUGAGUACUAGGAGUCUUAGUUGUAUGUUUAUUUGCUUCUCUUUCAAUUAUUUCUCUAUUUUGCUUUGGGACAAGCAAAUGCUAAGUGUGGGGUUGUGAUAAGCUUCAUAAACAUACAUGUAUUUUGUGCAUUAUGUAUGUGUUUAAAUUGCUCUAAAUUAGUUCAUAUUGACCAUGGAAUGGCCCUAGUGUCAUUACCAAGACAUGUAGCGAUUUAACACAGAUUGAAGCUAAGAUUGUGAACAAAACAAAGUGCAGUGGACAAAUGCAGGUGCAGUGUCAAAAUGCAGAUGUGCAGAGGCAGAGGCCGAAUCGAUGAAGACCCAAAUCGAAUUAUUGUGGUUGGAAUCUUCACUCAACUGUCAGCAACCCUUAUAAAUUAUUGGGAUUGGGUCAUAUUUCUUGAAGUGAGCAAAUGGAUUUGGUGGCUCGCCAAUAGAGAAAAUUAUGCAAGAAUUUAUUGCAAAGAAAGAGACUUAAGCUAGCAGCAGCCUUCUCUUGGAAAUGUGACCUGCAAGUGUCUUGUUUUGUGGGAUUAAAUCUGCAGAAAAUGGAUUUAAAAGGGGCAGCAACUAGGAGACUUGGAAAACACUUUUGGAGACUAGUUUUAGACAGAAAAAUCAAAGGAGAGAGCUCAUUUUGGCACACUUUGGAGUUGAGCAUUUUGAAGAAAGGAAAACUCUUGUAAGUUGGGGAUUAACUCCAACACUUAGUACUUUCUCUACUCCUUUGUUUUUGGUAGUUAGUCAUCAUGUUGAACAUUAGCAUGUUUAUGUACUUUCUUUUCAUCAUGAACUAAUCCCCCAAUUUCUGGGGGAAACUUAUGGAUUUCAUUAUCUAGCCUCGAUGUUUUAAUCAUGACUUGUUUUUCUUCCAUUUUCUAUCGUGUGGAAUUGUUUAACGCUUUGUGUUGAUUGGCCACCUUCACAAUGAUUUGUAGUUCUCUAGGUUAAUAAUGAUAGUGAAAACCUAGUAACCGAACACAUUUUGCACGACAUAAUUGCCUAUCGAAGCGAUAGUGGAUUAAAUAGGGAAUUAUGCAAUCAUUUCAGGGAUAUCGUUCUUAAGGCUAAUUAAUUAAUUCAGUUAACUACGAUAGUAGAAAUUGUCUUAAUUAGUUAGUACGUGGUAAUUCUCAAUAGAGAUGGCUAUCAAAUUAUAGGUAUCCCGAUUGUAGAAAUAUGGAUUAAAUCGAUUGACAAGGG